AUGUCGGCCAGGAUGCAGCAAGGCCAACGGCCCGGAGGCUCUAGAUUCGCCCAGUUUAAGCUGGAGAGUCCGCAGUCGGAAAGGUGCUCGUCUCUGGUAUUGCGCUUCGUUAAGGACCAAUUCGACGACUACCGGGAAUCUACUAUUGGCGCCGCCUUCCUCACCCAAACCAUCGCCCUCGAUGAGAACACAACGGUCAAGUUUGAGAUCUGGGAUACAGCAGGCCAGGAGCGCUACAAGUCGCUUGCGCCCAUGUACUACAGAAAUGCAAACUGCGCCGUAGUCGUAUAUGACAUCACACAGGCCGCAUCUUUGGAUAAGGCCAAGGCCUGGGUCAAGGAGCUUCAACGCCAAGCGAACGAGAACAUCAUCAUCGCUCUUGCUGGAAACAAGCUCGAUCUUGUUACAGAAUCGCCCGAUAAGCGCGCCAUCUCUACUGCCGAUGCAGAACAAUAUGCCCGCGAGGCCGGCCUGCUCUUCUUUGAGACAUCGGCAAAGACGUGCGAGAACGUAAAGGAGCUCUUCACAGCUAUUGCAAAGAAGCUGCCUAUUGACCAGGCAGGCCCACGGAACCUGAGGCCAGGCCAGCAACGACAGGGGGUCAACCUAAGGCCGGAAGCCAACCAGACACAGGGACCUGCAGGGUGCAACUGCUAG